CCCCACCUCCCAGCUCGCUCGCUGUGCGUGUGUGCGCUUGCGAAGGGCAUGUAGAGACUAUAGGUCUCCGCCUUAGCUUUGGUUCAAGGUCUCUCCUUGAACCUGUGGUCCAGGAAUUUAGCAAGACUUGCUACCCAACGAGUUUCACGGAUUCUCCCCUCUCCGCCUCACCAACGCAUCAGGCGCAGGCGGCCACCCCCAGCCUUUAACCUGGCUGUUGCGGUAAUCUGAAAGCAAGACCUUAAUCUUGCGCAGCAAGCGCUUUUCCCGGUCUCAGUGGAGGUCCCGUAGAAGCGGAGAUCCUCGGCACGGAAAACAGCCUUCAGCAAUCACAGCAGCUGGUGCAGCGUACUCUGCUCGAGGCUCAAGAAUACAGCGUCCUGGCCCUCAGAGCUAACAGUGUGCAGAACAGGCUGACAAACAAGAACAAAAGCGAUGGCUUCAAGGACUGCUGAGUAUGGAGCUGGAAGGCAGAGGUGGUCAACGGACUGUGGAGAAAGCCCGCUUCAUGUAGUGUGGGAGUCAGAGACGGCUUCUUCCAGGAAAAAGGGGCCGUCUACAACCUGUCAACUCCCAGAACAUCUUCAAAGUGCUCCAAACAGAGUUCUCCCCACAGGGUCAGUCCUGUUACCAUGGGCACCUGAGCCUGACAUUUGGGCCCAAACAUGGCAAGGCUUGGCCUCCUGGAGAACCGAAUCCUGCCUAAUUGCUUCAGUUGUGGGCUCCUGGGAGGCAGCGCCGUUUCCACAGGAACCGUUGGCACUAUUGUACCACAAGGGAGGCUGCCCCAGUCCCCAGAUGUCUGCUGUGGGCCCCUGAAGUGAUGAGUCCUGUCCCCGCUCCGUUGCAGGAGCACAGUGUUGUCUACCUUGCGUAGCCGCUGGAAUAACCCUCCACUCGGUACCGGCCAGGGAGCUUGGGGUCUUCACUUAGUGUUGGCAGCUCCGAAGUACGAGGGGACACAUACUGGAUUCCUAGGACUACCUACGACUGAGGUGGAGGUGACUUCUCAUGGGCCUCCAGAGAAGGAAUCCCGGACCUCUGCUGACAGGCCUGUGUGUGGGGCUGCUUUUCAGUUGGAUGAACCUUGCCCAGCCCACCGACCUCUCAGCACUGGCUCACCACCCGCAUUUGUGCCAGACAACACGGGAUGCCGCAGGCCGCCACUACCCUGGUUUCUUCUGCCCUCGCCUCUCUGAUACUCCCCAGGAAGCCUACUGUUGCCACCUGCAGGCUGCCGGGCCUUCCUGCUGUACCCUGGAUGAAUUUGAGGCCCUGUACCAAGUAAACGUGUCUACUCUCCAGCCCCCACCCAUCCUGAGGGGCCCAGGCCCGCUCUUAGCACUGGGCCUCUACAGUGUACUGCUGAUGGCACUGAUGACCACAGAUUUCGUGCACUUCUGCCGUGGCCGGGGACGGAGGGAAAGGCAAAACUGCAGCGGCCGCCGCCUUUCCUUUCGGGUCUCCGCUGCGCGCCCCCUGCAGGCCCCAGUGAGAACAGACUAGGCGCUGCUGAAGCGUCCUUGAGCC